AUGGAGAUGGAGCAUUUCGACGAGCGGGACAAAGGUCAGCGACACGGCCGGUCCAAUGCGAGGAUGAACGGGGUGUCCAGUCCAACACACAGCGCCCACUGCAGCCUGUACCGGACCCGGACCCUGAAGACUCUGACCACGGAGAGGAGAGCCAAGAAGGUCCGCUUCUACCGCAACGGAGACCGCUACUUCAACGGGAUAGUGUACGCCAUCUCCUCGGACAGGUUCCGGACCUUUGACGCGCUGCUGGCGGACCUGACCCGCUCUCUGUCCGACAACGUCAACCUGCCGCAGGGGGUCCGGACCAUCUACACCUUGGAUGGCUGCAAGAAGAUCAGCAGUAUUGAGCUGCUGGUAGAAGGUGAGAGCUAUGUGUGCAGCUCCAUCGAAGCUUUCAAAAAGUUGGAUUACACAAAAAACGUGAACCCCAACUGGUCUGUGAACGUCAAGGCCUCGGCUGCGUCCUCCCGCGGGCCUCCCUCCCUUGGCAGCGCCAAGGCCGGUGGCCCAGAGAGCCGCGAAAGCAAGGACUUCAUACGUCCAAAGCUUGUGACAGUUGUGCGAAGCGGAGUGAAGCCCCGCAAAGCUGUGAGGAUCCUUCUGAACAAGAAGACGGCCCAUUCCUAUGAACAAGUCCUGACCGACAUCACUGAUGCCAUCAAGCUUGACUCCGGAGUGGUGAAGAAGAUCUACACACUGGAGGGCAAACUGGUGUCCUGUCUGCAAGACUUCUUUGGCGAUGAGGAUGUUUUCGUGGCGUGUGGACCGGAAAAGUUCCGCUACCAAGACGACUUGAUGUUGGAUGACAGUGAGUGUCGUAUGAUGAAGUCAGUGACCUAUGGGAAGAUGUCUGCUCCUCUGAGCCGAGGCUCCCCCAGGACUGUCAUCCAAUCACGACGCAGCAAGUCCCCUUCAUCCAGUAAGUUACUUUCUUCAUCUUUGAAUGGGACGCCGGCCAGUCAGCUGUCCACUCCUCAUUCGGGAAAAUCUCCCAGCCCCUCCCCGACCAGCCCAGGCAGCCUUAGCCGACGCCAGGCGUCCCAGGGUUCUUCCACCUCUCUGUCUUCCUCUAAAGUUUCCAGCUCAGUGGAAGAGAGGGAUGAACCUCUUACGGAAGGUGAGGAAAAUUAUCGUUACAAGAAUGUCCCAUCUGUCCGUCAGUGGGAAAAGGCGAUGUACUCGCAAAUAUCAUCUGUGCCGUCCUACAUAUCAGACCGCUACAAGGUGGGACGCAUGUUAGGCGACGGAAACUUUGCAGUCGUCCGAGAAUGUGUGGAGCACUCCACAGGACGGGAGUACGCUCUGAAGAUCAUCAACAAGGGCAAAUGCAGAGGAAAGGAGCACAUGAUCCAGAACGAGGUGGCCAUCCUCCGCAGGGUCAAACAUCCGAACAUCGUCCUCCUCAUAGAGGAAAUGGACACCUACAGCGAACUCUAUCUGGUCAUGGAGCUGGUCAAGGGGGGAGAUCUGUUCGACGCCAUCACCUCUGCCAACAGGUAUACUGAGAGAGACGCCAGCGGCAUGCUCUACAAUUUGGCAAACGCAAUCAAAUACCUCCACAGCCUCAACAUUGUGCACAGAGACAUCAAACCAGAAAACCUGCUGGUGUAUGAGCAUGCAGACGGCAGCAAAAGCCUGAAACUGGGAGACUUUGGUUUGGCGACUGUGGUGGACGGCCCCCUCUACACUGUCUGCGGAACCCCGACAUAUGUAGCACCUGAAAUCAUCGCAGAAACAGGGUAUGGCCUUAAGGUGGACAUCUGGGCAGCUGGAGUCAUCACCUACAUCCUGCUGUGUGGUUUCCCACCCUUUCGAGGGAGCAGUGACGAUCAGGAAGUGCUUUUUGAUCAGAUACUAAUGGGACAGCUAGAAUUUCCCCUACCGUACUGGGACAACGUUUCAGAAACAGCCAAGGAGUUGAUUCGAUCCAUGCUGGAGGUGGAGGUGGAUCAGAGAUACACUGCCCUCCAGGUGCUGGAGCACCCUUGGGUCACUGAUGAGGGUCUAUGUGAGAACGAUCAUCAGUUGUCAGUAGCAGGGAAGAUAAAGAAGCACUUCAACACCAAUCCGAAGGGCAACGACACCACUGCAGGAGUGUCAGUCAUUUCUGCCACCGCUCUUGAUAAGGAGGGGCAGGUUCUCAGACGAGGACGCCACCCGAAUGUGAAGCCACUGCCUUUGCAGAUGCCUUCCCCGAACCCCAGCCUCCCAUCUGACUCUGAUGACAUCUCCAUCAGCUCAGCCAGUAUCAUCUACUCCCCCAACUCGCCCUUCUAG